AUGUCAACCAAUAUUCCCAAGACACUUGUCCAAUAUGUCUAUCGUCUUUGUCGUCGUCUCCAUAUCUCGUGUGUCCCGAGCCUGCUCGCUUACCCCGCCAUCAACACAACCUCUCCCCCACGCGAUCAGAUAGCUGUCAGUGUGGAAAUACGGAUCUCAGACGCGAUAGCGGAAUACUUGUCCUUAAUAAGUGUCAUCAUGCCUUCCAUCUCACGUGUCUUACCUCUUGGUUUGAAUACCAGCGGUAUAGAUGCCCAAUUUGCCAAGCCUCUUAUUCUCCUGCAGAUGCUGUACGAAGAUAAACUUCCGUUAAUUUUGCAAGAAUUCUUUGAUGUAUAUCAUUAUUUCAAAUUGACCUUUUUAUAUCAAUGUAUAUUGACUGUGGGACUUACGCCACCGGAGAGUUUGCUGUGA